AUUCCUGCUCUUUGUCCUCGGCAGGAAUCUCUGUUGGAAGAGAUGGAGAUGAGCCUGCGCCCUCUGUUGUUGGUUUUUGUGCUGGGUCUGGUUGCGACCCCUUCAACUCUGGCUCAGGACGACCCCAGGUACACGAAGUUCCUGACUCAGCACUAUGAUGCCAAGCCCAAGGGUCGGGAUGCCAGAUACUGCGAAAGUAUGAUGAGGAGAAGAGGCCUAACCUCGCCCUGCAAAGACGUCAACACCUUUAUCCAUGGCAACAAGGGCAGCAUCAAGGCCAUCUGUGGCGCGAAUGGAAGCCCUUACGGAGAAAACUUAAGAAUAAGCCAGUCUCCCUUCCAGAUCACCACUUGCAAGCAUACAGGAGGGUCUCCCCGGCCCCCUUGCCGGUACCGAGCCUCUGCAGGGUUCAGACACGUUGUUAUUGCCUGUGAGAAUGGCUUGCCUGUCCACUUUGAUGAGUCUUUUAUCAGUCUCUAGUCAGCAAGCCCCCGGCGCAGACCUAGCUCUGUUUUUUUUUUAUCUCCCCUCACCCCAGAACACUGACGUUCAUUGUCAGGGGCUAGAAAAUUUACUAUCUGAAACAUAUGUCUCCCGACUUACAAAGCACAGAAAUAAAGAUAUCUCAAAAGCCA